AUUUAUUAUGUAGCGAUUAUAUUUCACCUAUACAGAGUAGUUUUGUUUUUACCAGCAAAAAUUUAGGGACAGUUAGAACACGUGAAAAUAAUUUGUGUAACAACGUUCAAAUGAAAAUCUUCUCACGAUGACUUUUGAAAUAAAAGGUAAAGUCGCACUGAUCUCUGGAGGUGCUUCUGGAAUUGGUCUUAGAUAUGCCAAAGAACUAUUGAGAAAUGGUUUAAAGGCUGUUACUUUAGCCGAUAUCAACAAUGCAUUUGGGCAAAAAGCAUUAGAAGAAAUUGAAAAAGAAUUUGGACCAAGAAAGGCGAUUUAUGUUCAAACAGACGUAACAGAUAUGAAGAGUUUUGAAAACGCUUUUAAAAAAACGAUUGAAGUGUUCCAAAAUCUCGAUAUUCUCAUCAACAAUGCUGGAAUUCUCAAUGAUGCCAUGUGGGAGAAAGAAGUAGCAAUAAAUAUUAACGGGGUGAUACAUGGGGUUCUUCUUGGACUUGAAAACUACAUUCCUAAAUACAAAUCUGGAUCAGAAGGAGUUAUUGUCAACAUUUCGUCCAUUGCUGGGAUAAAAGAAUUCAGUAUAAUUCCGAUUUACAGUGCCACAAAGUUUGCUGUAAUGGGAAUGAGUAAAGCUUUCGGCGAUGAAGACCACUAUAACCGUACCAAAGUCAAAGUUCUAGCUUUGUGUCCUGGAGUUACUGAAACACCGUUAAUUACUGAAAUCAAUGGGAAAAAUUUAGGUCCGCCGUACCAAAAGUUGCUUGAUGAAAACCUCAGCAAAUUGCCCUCUCAGGAACCCGAAUGUGUGGCACGAGCAAUGGUCAAAAUUAUCCAAAAUGCAAAAACUGGAACGGUAUGGGUGGCUGAGGGUGGCCAAGAACCUUACGAAUUUAUUUUGCCCGAAAGGGAAAGUUUUGCCCCAAAAUAAAUUUAUAAUAAAAACCAAAAACCUAACAUAGUCGUAAGGGAGUAAGUAUACACACAGGCUGUUCCGGGUAAACCCCAGAUUAGAAGUACUGGGAGUUCUAACAGUGAUAUUUAUCUAAAAUUAUGUUCAUAGCUAUAAUCCGUUAGGUUCUGCUUGAUGAAAAUAUUUUCAAGAUGGUGGCACUUCCUGUUACACCGGAAGUAGAUAUCAACUUCGUUAUUUUAAAUUGAAAGUUAUGUUUUUUAUUGUGUUUUUGGAUUAUUCAAGUGAUUUU